CGCUUACAACCGACCAACCCUCGGCCAAUUCGAGACACGACGCGAGCUAGGACUGACUAGCCUGACGGAGCAUCGCCCCGGUCAGUAUGACCACCACCGUCGACGAUGCGCGCCCCGCGGAGGCCGUCGAAAAAAGUGCUGGCACUCAUGAGAACCGCGUGAACUCUACACGGAGAAGUCCUCUCCGGUGGACCCUCGGGGUGUUCGUGCGCCUGUGUAUCUGGUAUGCGCUACUGACUCCUAUCUUCCGAUGCCCGUCUCAUCUGUCCGAACUGAACGAAUCCUCCCCGCGAGUUUGCAAACCAUACCUGGUCGCUCGGUCCUACGUUGAGCCCCAUAUUACUCCCUACUACAAUGCCUACGGCGCACCUUAUGUCGAACUUGCCCGCCCCUACGCGCGCACGGUAAAUGAAAAGGUCUACACUCCCGCCGCAAAUGUUGGCAGAUGGGGUUAUGACAAGUACGGCGCCCCGGCUUUGGACCAGGCUCAGCAGUUCACUCAACAGCAGUGGGAGAGACAGGUUGUUCCCCACUUGCAGUCCGCCCAGGAUAGUGCGACUAGUUUGUACAAGGCUAAUGUCGCACCCCACGUUGAGAGGGUGGAAAUCGCGCUGUCGCCGUAUUAUCAGAAAACCAACGCCGCUUUCAGCUCGGUGCUCCAGGGAUAUGUGUUACCCUUCUGCGCCCAGUCAAGGCCAUUCAUCGGCAAGACCUACACUUCUGGUCAGGAUAUACUCACAACUACUGUUAUGCCUUAUGCGCAAACCACCUGGUCUUCUGUGAUCUACUUUGCGAACAGCUCAUUAUGGCCGAAGAUUACGGGCCUCUAUUCGGAGAAUGUCGAGCCUCAGCUAGUGAAAAUUGGGCAGAGACUGGCUAGCUACCGUGAGGGGAAACGACUACGACAGGUUGUGGAUGACGUUGAUAAUUCUUCAGACCAGCCCGAAUCAACCACAUCGUCCGUUCAGCAAGUCGAGUCGCCAGUUACAACUACCGCGUCAGAGACUCCGUCGGAAUCAAAGGUUCUUUCUCCCACCGAACUAGCAGCGCAAACUCGUGAAAAAAUUGAAUCCGAUCUUCGUACAUGGCAGCAAAAAUUCGCCGUUGCCGCCGACAAAGGCCUGGAGGAUCUGGAAGAGCGCGUCAAGACGAUUGUUGACAGCUAUAUAGAGAGUGGAGCGAAAGGCCACGGGGAAAGCCUUUUCAUAGCCUUGGAAGAAGUUGUGCAGCAUGAACUGGCUGAGGUCAAGCAACGUAUCACCUCGUUAACCACUCCUCUGCCCGUUGAAGAGGCCCCCGAAGAGGAGGAAGUGGCCCAGGCAAAGCUUUCGGCGGACAUCAAGGAAGCUGCAAUUGCCAUCCGUGAUCGCGCUCAGGCGCUCCGCCAGUGGCAUAGGACGUUCGACGAAGAGAUUGAGCGUCGAGUCUCUGAUGCCGUGAAGACCACCCUAGCCGUGUUAGACAGUGUCCGCGACUUGGGACUUCAAGAGAUUGGGAUCCGCUGGGCCUGGAUGGAUGGGGUCACUUACAAGGAUUGGGAAAAAUACCAUGCCCUCAAGGCACAGUUUGAUGACUGGAGGGCUCAGUUCCGCGCCGUCGGCCUGCAACACAUCAAGGUGGAGGAGGCUAGAGUGCUGUCGGACGACAUUUUGGGCCGCGGAAUGGAUGCCGCUGAAAGCGCUGCAAAAGAACUGGCCCGGCUCAAGGACGUUGGCAAGUGGAAAAUUGCCGCUCGUGAAGUGAGUGAAGAUUUUGAGACACGGUCUGACCCGCCACCCGCUCUUCCCAAACGCAACGCAACCUCCGAUGAGAUUCCGGGAGAGCAAAUUCUUGAUCAUCACGACGCCGAAGAUCGUGAUGCCGGUGCUACGAGCUCUUACACCGAGGAGCAGGAUAUAGGCCUGGACGACGCGCCUCUUUCCGAUGAUCUGGAUUCUGCGAGUUCAUCCGAACACAGUUUCCAGCCGACGUCGGGCGACAAAGAUGAAGUUCCGAGCGCGAAUGAGCAAACCCACGAUGCAGGGCAUGCCGAGCGGCCGUCUUGGGGCGUUUCUGCGGCUGAUGUUGAAACAAGCACCGACGAGCCGAGUAUUGACGAACCUAUUGAAAUGUUACACGGCAUUUUAAAUGCCGCCGAUGAGCAAGUCCCUGUCAAACAAGUCAGCGAAUCUCAGGCUCCUGCCCCGUCUGAAGCGUCAGCUCAGCCCGCUCCCAGCCACGCAGCGAUUGACGAUCUUGUCUCUCAACUACUUGACGGCAAGGAUUCUUCUUAUGCCGAAGAAGUUAUCAAACGGUUGCAAGCUAUCUAUGGUAAAUCGUCUCCAGCUGUUGCAUCACCGACUGGUGCCGAUGGAACCGACAGGACUACACCCACGGAACCGUCCACGCCUGCGACGGAGACCCCUGUAGUUGUGGAUGUUGUUGAGGAUGCUAUUGAUACCACGCAGACCGGCAUUCAGGAGGAAUCGAUUGAGUCUGGGCAUCCCGAGGUUUCCGAGGAGGACUCUUCAUUCUCCGAGUCGCAAACCGAGGAUGUAUCCAGCGAUGCGAACGAAAACACCAGCAAGGAAGAUCUAUAAUCGCCAACAUCGAAAAGCAAGAUAUCUUUUUUUUCUGGAUUUGAUACUGCUUCAAUUGUCUAAUCUAGCUACCUUUACAUGCGUGAUAUCCCCAGUCGCACUUUUCUGGUUUCAAUGUUCUGAGAAUGCCCACGACCAUGCUUAUUCCCCAUAUAGUUUACCACGAGCACGUCACGAUAUACCAUGUUGCCUUGAUCCGUUUUUCUGUUCUUUUUUCUGUUUGCUCCUCCUUUCUAACUGCUAUUUCUCCCACUCUAUCUGUUGUCCUGUAUCUUAGUUAUCUCAAAAGAACACAUAUCUCAUAUUCCAAAGACAAAGUAUUACGAAUAUCUGCAUUCAGUAACCAACGUGUCCUAAAAUAUCUAACAUUUUAUGCUCCCGCUUUAUACCUACUCAUCGGUACUGCACUCGUCCUCCGCGCUUCUCCAUCUUCUUCUGCCUCUUGCUCUCAGCCCCAGCAGGCUCGGCAUCACCGGCACCGCCCAUUCCGGCAAAUCCGCUCUUCAUCCCGGUGACAGUGGUAUAUGCAAGCCACACCGAGUACAGUGGAAUGACGGUCCACAGCCACCAACCCCGAUCGCCAAACACGCAGACGGCGCCAAUACAGCCCCAGGUCCAGUACAAGACAUCCCACAUGUACUCCGUCAGCCCCGCAGCGCCUAGAUCCUCCCCAGGCGAGCGCAGAGAUCCGUCGGCGGCGUUGAAUUGCGGACGACCCAAUCGGUCGAGGUAGAAUUCGAUGGCGAGCGUCGGGCAGGCCAGUAGAUAGUACGGGGUCAUGGAGCGAGGACGGUUAAAGGUCCAGUGGAGAAUGAGGAAGACGGCAUGUAGACCGACGGUUAUGAUGUGGGUGCGCAGUAAAAGGGAGGCAUUACGCGCGGCGAGGGUUUUGGCUGCUUUCUGGGAGAGAGUGAGCUAGUUGCAUCAUGGAGUUCUUGAUUAAGUGUGUUUCGCGGGUCCAGAGUGAGAGGGAACAACACAAGACAAGAUAGAAGCAAGACUAACCUGAGCCAUGGUGUCUGUCAGGGAGCAAGAUAAAGAGGGGGUAUGAAGCCUAGACACAAGU